AUGGCCCAAAAGUCCCCAAGGGUAAAGUCCCCAAGGGUAAAGAUUUCAAUGGUCCAAAAGGUCCCGAUUUCGAUGGCCCAAAAGUCCCCAAGGAUUUCGAUGGCCCAAAAGUCCCCAAGGGUAAAGAUUUCGAUGGUCCAAAAGGUCCAAAGGGUAAAGAUUUCGAUGGUCCAAAAGGCCCAAAGGGUAAAGAUUUCGAUGGUCCAAAAGGUCCCGGUCCUAAAGAUGGACCAAAAUUUCCCCCUAAAGCAAAAUAAAUGAAAUUUUAAUCUAAAAAAAUAUUAUAAGUUUAGUAUGUCAUUAAUUAUGAAUUAUUAGUUUUAGAGAUAUGAUUAAUUUACAUUAUAAUUCCUUAAAUUAAAUGUAUCGUAAUUAAUAUUUAUUUUUUCUAUGAAUAAAUGAUAAGUAAAAUCGUAUAUUUAUUU